AUGGAUACGAGUAUUGCCAUCUGGAAUGUGAGGGGAAUUGGGGAUCGGGAGAAGAGAAGUAGGUUUAAGAGGCUGAUUAGGAGGUACAACCCUAAAAUUGUGGGUCUUGUUGAAACCAAACUAUCGAAUUGUGAUGACAGAAUUAUUGGCAGCCUGUAUUCUAGAAGAGAGUUUGAGUGGGUAGCGAAGAAUGCUGUUCGAAGUUCUGGAGGGAUCGCUGUGUUCUGGGAUAAACUCUUCUACACUAAACUCUCCAGCUCAGAAGGUAAUCAUUUUAUCGUGGUUGAACUGUUCGAAAUCUGCAGCUCUAAAGUGUGGCAUUUUGUGGUUGUGUAUGGACCACAAGAGAGAAUAGACAAGUUGGCUUUUCUGAGUGAAUUACAGAACUAUUGCUCUCAGCAGUCUGGGCCAAUUUGUAUCGCGGACGAAUUUAAUAUGGUUAGGAAUCAUGAUGAUUAUCAAGGAAGUAGAAGAAGCUCAGAAUUGAUGUUUGAAUUCAACUCCUUCAUUGAUAAUAACGGUUUGCUUGAGUUGCCUCUUGGGGGCAGCAGGUUCACUUGGAGUCAUGGUGUGAACAGGGAUUCUCGGUCUCGCAUUGAUAGAGUUCUUAUUUCACAAGAAUUUGACGUCUAUUAUUCGGAUCGCACCUUGACUGCCUUGGAGAGGGUGGAGUCGGUCCAUAAUUUGUUGGUUCUCAAGUGGGGACAAGAUAGAAGGAUCAAGAGGCCAUGGCGUUUCCAGAACAUGUGGUUGGAGGAUGAGAGAUUUUAUGAGAAUAUGAACUCAUGGAUGGGUGAGAGGCUGCAGGGUAAUGGGGGUAUGUUUCUUCUGGCUAAGAGACUUCUGUUGAUUAAAGCAAAGCUUAAGGUGUGGAACAAAGAAGUGUUUGGGAGCAUGGAUGUUAAAAUUGGGGGAAUCAUUACAGAAAAUUAA